AUGAAAGCCCCUGCACCUUGGGACGGCGUCCCCAGCCAGGACCAGCUGUUUGUGCUAGUUACUGGGGCUAACAGUGGCAUUGGUCUCGGUAUCGCGCAGCAGCUCGUGGACGUCUUUCUGACGCAGCGCUCUCCCUCUGCCCACCUCGUGCUCGUCGUCACCACCCGGUCGCAAGCCAAGUCGCGGGCGACUCUCGAAGCCGUUCGCGGCCACCUGCGCGGCCGAGGUGGUGGCAGCAGCGCAGCAGCGCGCAUCCACCUGGUCGGCGUCGAGUUGGACCUGUGCCGGCUGCCGACCGUCUAUGCGGCGGCCGAGCAGCUCAUCCACGGCGGUGUGGACGUGUUUACGGCUCACAACAGCGGCAGCCUUGCGAACGAGACGCCCACACGAGCAUGUCUCCCGCGACUCGACGUGGCCAUCUUUAACGCCGGCAUCGGCGGCUGGACCGGCUUCAGCAUCGGCGGCAUGAUGGUGCAGCUCGCCACGGCCGGACUGUUGCAGUCGCUGACGUUUCCGUCCUACAAGCUGGCACUAGCCGGACAGCUGGUCGACCCGCUGACGGGGAAGCGUGCCAAUGGAGAGAGCAGCGACAGCCUCCUCGGCGAGGUCUUUUGCGCCAACGUGUUCGGCCAUUACCUGCUGGCCCACGCACUGCUUCCGCUGCUGCGCCGGCCAUCCGGCACCGACGACGGCCUGCCGGCUGCCCGAAUCGUCUGGGAGAGCAGCGUGGAGGCGUACUGUUGGGACGCCCUGGCCGUCGAGGACUUGCAGGGCGUGCGCACUACGGCCGCCUACGAGAGCUCCAAGCGGCUGACGGACGUGCUGGCGCUGACGAGCGGUCUGCCUGGUGUGAGGCGGCUGUCCGGACAGUUUCUGGGCGAGGGCGAGAAGGAGAAUGAGAAUGAGAUCGAAACCAACUCCACCUCCAACAACCUCCCAAGACAGUACGUCACCCACCCCGGCGUCGUCUGCUCGUCGCUCUUCCCGCUGCCCCAGCUGCUCUUCUACCUCUACUACAUCGCCAUGUACAUCGCCCGCUGGGCCGGCUCGCCCUGGCACCCCGUCACGGCCUACAAUGGCGCCACCGCUGCCGUGUGGGUGGCCCUACAGCCGGCUGACGCCCUGGAGGCAGCCCAGGCCGACAAGGUCAAGUGGGGUGCCUGCGUCACCCGCAGCGGACGUGCCGUCGUCAAGAGGACCGAGGUCGAGGGCUGGGGCUGGCAGGGCGACGUGGACAGCAGCGAUAGCCGCGAUAAAGGCGACAACAGCACCAUCAUCGGAUAUCUGCGCAACUCCGUCGGUCGUCGCGCCGGUGCCACCACUCUGACGGCUGAGCGACGCCAGGACUUUGAGGCGCUCGGCCGGACGUGUUGGCAGGAGAUGGAACGGUUGCGGCGAGUCUGGGAGGAUAAGCUGGCAUGCAGCAGACAGAAAGGCCACUGA